AUGGUCAACAUCCAAACUGUCUCUACUGAACCUUUUGAAGGUCAAAAGCCUGGUACCUCAGGUCUCAGAAAGCGUGUCAAGGUAUUCCAACAAAAGAACUACACCGAGAACUUUAUUCAAGCCAUGCUGGAAGCUAUUCCUCAAGCUGAUGGUGGCGCCAAGGGUGCUACUCUUGUCGUUGGUGGUGAUGGCCGUUAUUACUCUGAUGAGGUCCUUCAAGUGAUUGUUAAAUGUAGUUUGGGUCAAGGCGUCUCUAAAUUGAUUGUCGGCCGCAAUGGUAUUGUCUCCACUCCUGCUGCUUCUAACAUCAUUCGUAAGCGCAAGGCUACUGGUGGUAUUCUCUUGACCGCCUCUCACAACCCUGGUGGACCUGAUAGUGAUUUUGGUAUCAAGUACAACUGCUCCAAUGGCGGCCCUGCUCCCGAAUCUGUUACCAACAAGAUUUACGAAAUCUCAAAGACCAUCAAGGAACUCAAGCUCGGUGAAGCACCCAAGGUUGAUUUCUCCAAAUUGGGUACUCAACAGGUUGGUAAUUUGACUAUUGAAAUCAUCGAUGGUGUGGAUGAUUACGUCGCAUUGAUGAAGGAGAUCUUUGAUUUCGAGGCCAUCAAGUCCUUCUUUGAUAACAACAAGGAUUUCAAGAUGCUGUUUGACGGUAUGAAUGGUGUCACUGGUCCUUAUGGCCAUCGUCUGUUCGUUGAGGAAUUUGGUCUUCCCGAAUCCAGCGUGAUGCGUUGUGUCCCCAAGCCUGAUUUCGGCGGUGCUCAUCCCGAUCCCAACUUGACUUAUGCCCAUGAUUUGGUCGAAGCCGUUGAGAAGCAGGGUCUUGAUUUCGGUGCUGCCUCUGAUGGUGAUGGUGAUCGUAACAUGAUUAUUGGCAAAAAGGCUUUCGUCACUCCCUCUGACAGUGUUGCUAUUAUCGCCCAUUAUGCCAAGGAAGCCAUUCCUUACUUCAAGAAGCACGGUGUCAAUGGUUUGGCACGUUCCAUGCCCACUUCUCAAGCUAUUGAUUUGGUUGCCAAGAAGAUGGGUGUUGAACACUUUGAAGUUCCCACUGGUUGGAAGUUCUUUGGUAACCUGAUGGACGCUGGUCGUUGCUCCAUCUGUGGUGAGGAAUCAUUCGGUACUGGUUCUGAUCAUAUUCGUGAGAAGGAUGGUCUUUGGGCUGUCUUGGCUUGGUUGAGCAUCAUUGCUUAUGUAAACAAGGACAAGAAAUCGGGUGUCCAAGAUAUCCUUCAAGCUCAUUACAAGGUGUACGGUCGCAACUUCUUUUCCAGAUACGAUUAUGAAGAGGUGGAUGGCCAACGUGCUGAGGAUAUGGUAAACCGUCUUCGUGAUCAAAUCUCCAAGAAGGAAUUGGAGAACAAGACUGUCGGUGGAUUCACUAUUGACAAGGCUGAUGAUUUCGAGUACUUGGAUCCUAUUGACGGCAGCGUCUCCAAGAACCAAGGUAUCCGUAUCAUCUUCAAGGACGGCUCUCGUAUCAUUAUUCGUUUAUCUGGUACUGGUUCUCAAGGCGCCACUGUUCGUCUCUACGUUGAAAAGUAUUCCAACAAUGCUGCUGAAUAUGCCGACGAUGCUCAAGUUGGUUUGAAGCCCUUGAUUGAUGUUGCCUUGGAAUUAUCUGAACUCGAGAAGUUCACUGGCCGCAAGGAACCCACUGUCAUUACCUAA